AUGCGGAUCAUCGACCCUCAAUCUGCAGUCCUGACCAACGUGGAGAUCCACAACUAUGUCAGUCGAAUCUCCCCACACCUUCUUCGCUAUCCACGCUUCAAUGCUCGCCCUUCAUCCUCAGUUUCCCACUCCCGCGAUGCCAUGACCGGCACCUUUCGCUCGGCAGCCAACCCCAAUGAUACGCAACUGCAAUUGCCUCCAUCAGUCUCCACAGAGCUAACUCCCAUGGACCAUGCCAUCCGGGAGCUCAUCACGAGGCUCAAGCCCUACAAACUGACCAAAGCCGAGGUGGUGAUGAUUCUCAAUCUCGGCGUGGGGUUAAAUGCGCCCAGCACAGGCGAAGGCGACGGCGUCGAAGAAGAGGAUCUGGCGAAUGGCGAAAGUAUCAUGGAAGUUGACCAGGAGAACGGGCACGUCAAUGGCGAAGCCGAAGGCGGGGAGGGUGAGGAAGAAGAUCAGGGCGCGCUGGCCCUGUUUGAGUCUGUUGUUGAAGAGCGCGAGAGCCGACUUACGGAGGCACAGGUCUCGGAAAUUCUGGCUAUUGUGCGCGAGGUCCUGGCUGAGAACGUCGAGGCGUGA